AAUUAGAUACUAAAAUUCGACAUUUACAUCUCACUAUACCAAUUGUUGAAGAUGAAGAUUUAAGUAAUCUUGAAGAUAUAGAUAGUUCUUCUAAGGAUGAUUUGCAAAUUAACAAUAUUAUUGAUAUGGAUAAAAAUAUCAAUAAUGAAGAUGAUUUGGCUUUAAGCGAACUUGAUGAAUCUAAUUCUGAAGAGCAAGUACAAGAGUGGAAUAUAUUUAUUGAAGAAUGGCUUCAAGCUAUUGAACAUGAAAACAAGUGUAAUGAUUCUAAUGAUGAAAUGUUUUUAACUGAUGAAAUGGAUAAUGACUUUAGUUUUGGUGGAAAAAAAGUACAUCCUGCUGAUGAUCAAACUGCAAAAUGGCUAUUAGCAACAUUGUUUGUUUCUGAUUUAGAAUUACCAACUUAUUAA